AUGAAGAUGUAUAACCCCUUUUGUCUCUAUGACCUGCCAAAUAAAACUGACAAUACCCUUGACAGAAUUGCAAAAGAAGACUUCAAACUUCCUGAAGACGAUGAGUCGCAUACUGAAUGGAGAAACGAGUUUAUUACAUUCCUUCCACAGCUGGAGCGAGGGACUGUUAAGCUUUUGGAACCCAGAAACUGGUCUACCAUUGAUAGCCAUGAACUCGAGCCUGCGGAGCGCAUUACGUGUAUCGAAGUUAUUCGUCUUGAGAUUUCUGAAUUAACACAUGAGAGGAAAGACAUGGUCGUAGUAGGCUCGUCCAUUGUCAAGGGAGAAGACAUUGUCCCCAAAGGAUUCAUCCGCGUCUUCGAGGUGAUUGAUGUUGUUCCAGAGCCUGAUCAGCCCGAGAAGAGCAAGAAGUUGAAGCUAUUUGCGAAAGAAGAGGUGAAGGGUGCUGUCACGGCCUUAUCAGGCAUAGGUGGACAAGGUUUUUUGAUAGUUGCACAGGGCCAAAAGUGCAUGGUGCGCGGACUCAAGGAGGAUGGAAGCCUUUUGCCUGUAGCCUUCAAGGAUACCCAAUGUUACGUUAACGUUCUCAAAGAGCUGAAAGGAACAGGGAUGUGUAUUAUCGGUGACGCAUUCAAGGGACUGUGGUUCAUUGGGUACUCGGAAGAGCCAUACAAACUGGAUCUUUUCGGUAAAGAGAAUGAAAACUUGGCUGUCGUGGAUGCGGACUUCCUUCCAGACGGGAAUAAAUUAUACAUCUUAGUUGCGGAUGAUGACUGCAACCUCCAUGUUCUUCAGUACGACCCUGAAGACCCAAGUUCUUCGAAGGGUGACCGCCUACUACAUCGAAGCGUAUUCCACACAGGUCAUUUUGCAUCCACGAUGACUCUACUACCACAUGGGGCCCGCACACCCUCCUCACCUGUCGAUGAGGAUGCCAUGGACACAGAUUCACCGCCACCAUCAAAAUACCAAAUACUCAUGACUUUCCAAACAGGGUCGGUCGCAGUAAUCACUCCUCUCGGUGAAGAUUCCUACCGUCGUCUGCUAGCCUUGCAGUCGCAGCUAGUUAACGCGCUGGAACACCCUUGUAGCUUGAAUCCACGUGGUUACCGGGCUGUUGAGAGUGAUGGUAUGGGUGGACAGCGUGGCAUGAUUGACGGUAAUCUGUUGCUAAGAUGGCUUGAUAUGGGAGCCCAGAGGAAGGCAGAGAUUGCAGGACGUGUUGGUGCAGAUGUCGGUGCGAUCCGGGUAGAUCUUGAGAAACUCCAUGGUGGUCUGGCGUAUUUGUAA